CUUGAGUGGAAAGGCAGAGUGCUUAAAAAUCCACUGUACCUUUAUUCUCGGAGCGGCCCAUUCUAUCUUGGGGUUGACACGUUCUUCCUGAUCAGUGGCUGGCUAAGCGCAAGGUCAUUUCUAAGGAUGCAUCAGAAUUCGGACAAAGGAACAACCCUUAAUGUCAUCCUUAGAUACUUCCUCAGCCGCCUUACAAGGUUGCAGCCCCUUCACAUGUAUUCGGUGUGCUUGCUGGCUGGAUUGUUCUCUCUUGUUCCCUGGGGACCCGUCUGGGAAGUGCCCAAGUUCCACGUGGAUAACUGCCGGCGAGCGUGGUGGACGAAUCUGCUGUUGCUAAAUAAUUUCCUGUGGGUCCAAAACGCGUGUAAUGGCUGGACGUGGUACCUGGCCAACGAUUUUCAGUGCUAUCUCAUCACGCCGGCGAUCGUCCUCAUCCACAGAAAAAGUAAACAUGUCCUUGUCCUCCUCGGGGCCACGCUGUUCUUGGCAUCUUUCACUGCCACAGCUCUGCUCACCCUGGCUUACUCCCUUCCGGUCGCAGCUCCGUCAGAAGCAAGUGAAAACGUGACUGUGUUGUACUUCUCCGAGUACUACACGAAGCCCUACUGCAGAUUCGGACCAUUCCUCGUGGGGCUCUUUCUGAGCAUUUUCAUGCACCAAAACCACCAGGCAAACAUUCUUAAAACCAAGACUCAGGCCCUGCUGGGGUGGACUUGCUCCCUGGCCACCCUGUUCGCAGUGGUCGCUCUGGCGUAUGCAGUGGAUGACACUUCCGUCACCUCUUCACCUGCCGUUGCUCUGUACCAGGCCCUCCACCGGACCCUGUGGGCGGCAGCCGUGGGCUGGGUCCUGUUGGCAUGUCAGGAAGGCUAUGGAGGGCUGGUGAACAGGCUCCUCUCCUGCCACAUCUGGGCUUUCCUGGCCAGCAUCAGUUACGCUUGCUACCUGGUUCAUCCGAUGCUCAUCAUGCUCUACAACGGCCUUCAAGAAACGCUCAUUCACUACAGCGACACCAACAUGUUCUACCUUUUCUCUGGACACUGUUUGCUGACCUUCAUCACUGGGCUGGCCCUGACACUGUUCAUCGAGAAACCAUGUCAGGAGCUGAAGCGGUACCUGUUGGGACCAGUGCCUGCUGGGCCAUGAACAUUCUGGUAAAACCCUAGAGAAUGACUGGGUUUUUUUCUGCUGGCAAUGAGCUCAGGUAGGCAGGGGCUCAUUUAUGUAACAAACGCUCGUGUUCCCGAAAAGGGGUGUGAAUUCUGAUUUGGUGAAUGCUUAAGAUAUACAAGUUCUCUGUGCUUAAUGCA